AUGCCGAACGCCAAACCUGUUCUUCCGCCCCUCCAGACUCAGACACCAAAGAGUGCAGCGUAUCCAUCGCAACUUCACAAUGGCUACAUGCCCAGUCCCUCAGAGUUCAUCAAGAAAGAAUACCCGGCUCUCAGGUCGGCUCCUCUUGAGAACUCGUCAAAAGUUCACAAGGGUCCUAUAUCAAGUCCCUCCGACUACAUCAAGCAUGAAGAUUUGGAUCUCAAGACCCCAAUGGAGGUGCCACCAGCCUAUAAGGCAUUCUUAGAUACUCUCUCACAAAAGUUCGAGAAGUCUGGUACCUCGAACUCACCCACCUCCCAACCUGCGAGUGCUUUGAGUGGGUCUUUCAUUUUCAGCGACUCUCUCAGGUCUCCAGAUUCUGUGGAUUUGAGAUCCCCAACUGUAUCUCUGCCGCCAGCCACACCUGCUUCAGCUGCACCACACCGAAAACGGUUUCCACCACCAUACCGUCUUCGCACCCAGCACUUAUCUAUCCUAUCACCUGGCGUGGACUCCCCUCGGAGUGCAACUCCUAGAAGUGCAACCAUUUUACGAUCGCCAUUCUCACCGGAUUGGAAAUUACGUUAUUACGAGGCCCCCCACAGCGCAACUGGAAAGUCUGUCAGCGUGAGGGAAAUUGUUACGCGCACAGUGACCUACAAGCGCACUCAGCUUGAGGCCCCUCCUAAGGGAAAACGACGCAAGUGUCGGGAUGCCAAGGAGGUUGAAUGA